UUUCUGCAUGUUGUUUUUCUGAAGGGAGCAAAUUUUUCUAUUUGUUUUUCCUCAGCAAGCGUACAUCGUGUACUUUGGGGUUGAAUUUGGAAAUUUUUUUGGAAAAUAGAUGAUUAUUGUUUUACAUAAUCCAGAUUGAAUAAAUCCAGUUAUUAAUUUAACAUAAAUCCAGGAUUUUCCAACUUCUCAUACACAAAGUGAGUAUAGACAUCUCUGGAGUUGCAUUUGAGAUACCAGCACCCUCAGAAUGCAUGGCGACCGGCAUCAUGCUGUGGAUAUUGAACCAGUAGAGCUGUUGCCCAGAAAUCCAUACUGUUUGAAUGAAGGAACCCGUUGUGGUUGUAGAUUACCCACUGUGACCCUCCAGCCGCAGUGGGUUACAGCAAAACCAUGGUCACUCUGGAAAACAUUUCUGGUGUGUCUUUUGGCCUGUCUAAUUGCCACAGCGCUUGUUGUUCUGGUCUUAUAUUUUGUCCACUUUGGCAAGCCCACCGACAGUAACACUAUCAUCAUUCAUGCAGAUGGAAAGUCAAAUCAUGUCACCUGCAUCCCUGGUUCUACCCCAUCUCCUGCCUCAUCAACCCUGCCUGGAUCUCCUACCCCUGUGCCCAACCAAAGCUCCUCUGCCAAGGCGUCUCCAUUUUCUGUGGAGACGACCAAAACAACAACACUGGAGCAUGAAAUUAUCAUUGAAGAUCAAAAAUGA